AUGUCGAGUACAAUUAAAAAAUCGAAAAUAUUUCAAGGUGUAUGUGAAAUAUGUGGUGUUCCUGCUGAGUAUAAUUAUUUUGGUGUUAUUUCAUGUAAUGCAUGUAAAAUGUUCUUUAAACGAAAUGCUGAAUCUGGACAGACAGCAUUUGUAUGUAAUUUUGGUGGUCAAUGUGAAAUAAAUAUAAAUACUCGUCAUGUAUGUUCAUCAUGUCGACUUACUAAAUGUUUUAAAUGUGGAAUGGAUAUUGAAAAAUUUCGUGCAUCAAGACAAAGUGAGCCAAAAAGAAGAUGUUUAGUUAAGCUUCCAACAUUAAAUCUUUUACGAUCAGAUCAAUCAUUAUUAACUACUAAUCAAUGGACACUUCUUUCAAAUUUAUGUAAUUCUUAUAAUGAAUCUCAGAUUCUACCCUUUAGUGAACGUUUAACUCAUAUACAUGAUACUUCACAAUUCAGUUGUAGGGCUUACACAGUACUUAUAGAAGAAUUUUUAGCAUCUAUUUACGAAACAACUAGGACAUACCUUUGUUCUAAUGAUGAUCUUCGUAGAUUAUCAGGUGAUGAUCGUUCCGUCAUACUUCGAAGUGCUGCUGAUUAUGUAUCCUGUAUGGGUGGUACUUUCAUCAUGCAAUACUAUCAUUUAUAUGAUCUUGAUGGCUUCUUGAAUGCUAUGAACGCAAAGUAUGGAAAAAGUUUAAUGGAUGUUCAUAUUUGGUCAAGAAAAUUUAUUGAUCCAAAUAUUGUAUUGGCCAAACUAUCAAUCUCAAUGUUUGCUUUCUCUGAAGAUAGUUGUUCUUAUUAUUCAAAUAUCUCGAGCCAUUAUACAAAUUCUAUUACUAUUUUACAAAUUCAAAACAAAUAUGCAGAAUUAACAUGGAAAUAUCUUCUCUACAAAUAUGGUCUACAUGAUGCAGUGAACCGAUUUCUUAAUAUAACACUUUGGCUUUGUUCUAUGCAUAUAUUAGCAUUUCAUGCUCAAAGUUUGGCAAACCACGUUAGCGAUGUUGAUUCAGUUAUUGAAAAAACUGAAUUGAAACUUAUAUUAGAUGAUAUUGAUGAAAUGGAUGAAACAAAUCAGUAA